CCGGUCGGUCAGACCGAAUCGAAAUCCAGGCGGUUUACAGAAAAACGGAAGCUCCUCUUUCUCCCUUUCUCCCUUUCUUUCUUUCAUUCAGAAAGAGAUCACACAAACCCAGCCGAAAAACUACACCACCGCCGCAAGGUGUGGCAUACUGCCGCCGUCCGUCGCACUCAAAGUUCGCCAUCCGUCCGUCUAUCUAGCUUCCCUCGUGCUCCAAGUCUUCAACCCCUGUUCGCUGUCACCGAUCGCGGCUGCUUCCUCGAGCUCGGCGUCCGUCGUCUUUGUCUGUUCAGCCGCGCUUUCGUCGCCGUUUGUUUGCCGUUCACGUUCGCGUCUUCGUUCAGCUGUCGUCUUCGUUCGUGUUCUUCGCCGUUCACGUUCGCGUUCACUCGCCGCUCACCGUUCGAGUUCGCAUUCGCGUUCGUCUGGAAGCCACGCUGCUCUGCUUCAAACUCUGCGACCAACCCGCGCGCUCCACCUAGCCGUCGAACUGCUCUCUUUUGUCGCCGCCGAAAUUCUCUGAGGUAUAUAAGAAUUAAGAAAGAAGACAAUUUCAACGGUGCGCUACUUGCAAAUUAUGCAAAAUGGGAUUUUGGAGGAUGACCACUAAUGAUUAUUUGAUUUUGUAUCGGUGAUGUUAUAUGACUUUAUACACAAAAAAGUGAUUUUUCUUUGCCUAAGUGUUCUGAUUUCUUUACUUUCAGCUGAAUUAUGAUUAACACAUGACCAUGACUCAAAAUCUAUUUGGCUACCCACCAAGUGUUUGCCAAAAGUCCUCUACGAACAGAGGAAAACAAAGGUGCUUUAUUAUUGACUUCCAUCUAUUUGACUCAAAUUAUCUCCUUUUUUGACUAACUUCGAACAGGAUUCAUGUUUCUUGAGUCACAAGGUGCCUUGGGAGUAUAUUAAUUCACCAAGAAUGGUCUUUGCAGCUACAAUGCAAAGGUUUCUUUUACCUUUCCACCCUCUUUUGAACCAGUGCCAUUUGGUACGUUCGGUGUCAUCACUGCAAAAGCUUGAGAAGGAUAUUAGAGCUGAGGUGGAAGCCAAAAACUAUGUUAAAAUCCCUGACCUUCUCAUUCCCUUAGAGUCCUGCCAUAGUUCAAAGAAUAAUCCUUUUUCUUUCUUUUCUUCAUUUUCCCAGAACAUGCAAGUGCAAGUUAUUGAUGAAAUGUUGCAAUCUUUUAUACCUCUCAGACCUCGCUCUAAGCCUAAGAUAGCCCUUUCCUUCUUGCUAACUUACACCCUCCAAAGUUCUCAUCCGCUCCCAAUUGCACUUGCUGUCCUACAACGGACUCUGCGUUCUGGCUGCUUUCCAGUUCCUCAGACACAUGUUCUCCUCACUUCUGCUUGGUUGGAUCACCGUUGUCUCUCUCAUUCUGUAGCUAAUGUUUUGCUUGAGAUGCAAUCAAUUGGAUAUCAUCCUGACUGUGGGACUUGUAAUUAUCUACUAUCGUCUCUUUGUGCAGUUGGUCAAUUGGCAGAGGCAGUUAAAGUCUUGAAUGGCAUGGGUGGAGCAGGAUGUAUUCCCGAUUUUAAUAGCUAUGGCAUUGUGAUUGGUGCAAUAAGCAGAGCCAGAAAGACUGCUGAGGCAGUGGACUUGAUGAAGCAAAUGGUUGUGAAAUAUGGGUUGACUCCAGGACAGGGAACACUAGUGAAAUUGUUUGCAGCAUUGCGGGCAAACAGGGAGAUAUGGAAAGCUGUUGAGAUGAUCGAGUUACUGGAGAAAGAGGGUCACUCUGUUGAGUUCGAGAGUUAUGAGGCAGUCAUUGAAGGGUGCUUGGAGAAACAUGAGUAUGUUUUAGCUGGAAAGGUUGCAAUGGGAAUGACAGAAAGAGGUUUUAUACCAUAUAUCAAGGCCAGGCAGAAAAUAAUUGAAGGCCUAGCUAGCAUAGGAGAGUGGAAGAUAGCUUGUGCUGUGAGGCAAAGAUUCACAUCACUAAAAUCUUAGCUUUGAAAUUAUUUAGAAUUGUCAAAUAACAAUUCUUGAUGUUGAAGGAGUGACUACGUAAUGCAAUAAAAUUAUGGAUUUUCAAAAUCUAUCGAGUUAUAAUCUUUGAAGUUAAAGCAUGAAAAAAAUAUAAGUAUAUAUAACACAGCUGGAUUUUCUUUGAGCUUUUGAAUACAUUCCAUUAUAGCAUGACUUUUUAGCGAUAUUAGUCUC